CAUCUCAGAACAUCUCGGUGUUCAGCGACGGUUUUUUUGUGUGUUUUUUUUUGUGCCCGUGAUGCUGAUGGAUUACCAACUGUGUGAUGGAGACAGAACCGCAGCAGAACCCGUGAAAACCUAAAAACCUAAAACAAAAAACAGGUGUCAGAUCCAGCAACAGUUCAAACUGUCCUCGUCCUCUGCUGCUACAACAACAGGCUGCUGCUGCUGCUGCUGCUGCCGUCGGAGCGCCAGUGCGCAGGCUCUCCACAUCCAGCGCCACAGCAACGCACAGCUUCUGGAAGGAGAAGAAGAACAAAUCCCCCCCCUGGAGAAGCCUUUUGGGAACAUUAGUCAGAGGGAGAGCUGCUGCUUUGUGCGUCUCGUUUUCCCUCCUCUGAACCCUCCUCAGAAGGUUAGAGGAGCAUGUAACUGAAACAAGUGGAGCCCUCGGUGAUUUCAGUCUCCCCCAUCCGUGCCUACAUGCUCCGCCACAGAUAGGGACGUUUUGAUAAUUACAUGUAAUUAUAAUUUCUGUGGGAGACAGAUCUGCCUCUGUCUAUUAUUGCCCAACACCUCCAGCACAAUAACUUCACACAUUUACAUAUUUCUCAACAAAAGUGAUAUUCUUUGAGACAAAUCAGGAAUAAUUCUACUUUGCGGAGACGUGUCACGCGGAGAAGCAAUGCGCCAUUCAGCUCACGUCUAAUUAGCGGCACAGCUGAGUGACACGGCCUGAAAGCUGAAUGCAGAACACUUAAAAUCAUGACAUUUGACUCACUCUGCGACGCGUUUCUGUGGUUUGUGCUUACUCCUAAUUUUCAGCUGUUACAGUCUUGGAGCACUUAAGCAUCACCAGACCCAGGACACCGUGUUUCUACAGACCGGCCCGCGUUAAUGGACGCUCGCUUCAUCACGUCUGAUUGUUUACAGAACCACACAGCACCAAAUAUAUGAGGGAGAGCAAACUACACAGAUUUAAUGCAUGCUUUUUUCCCCCCCCAGAUUUGCUCGCAGGAUAAAUAAGUGCCAAUUGUGAAUGUACGCAGUGCCAGAAGUGAGCAACACAGUGAAGCUGUUUACAUGUAGUCUCUGCUCCAAGUGCCACAAGCAGCACAGGAAUGUACAGCAGCCCCCUAUCCUACUGACACGGUCCUACUGACACGGUCCUACUGGACUUAGUCUUGUCCCCUGCAGCAGGACACCAGGCGUUCAGGCCUAAAUAGCAUGAAGAUUGUUGUUUUCAGCUUGUGGAGCCAUUUUGCUGCUGCAGAGCUCCUCUCCUGCAGGAACCCGUUUUAACAGCAUCCCGGCCAAUUACUGAAAGCUACAGAAAAAACAAAAAACAAAACAACAACGUUCUGCUGGUGUUCCUUCCUUUACAUCCUCCUUGUUCCUUUUUAAUUACUAUCACACCGACACAGACAAAGACUCCAGAUCUGGUCAGCCAGAGCUCCUGAAUGACCCCAGCAGGCCCUACAUGCUCCUUGAAUGUUCCUCAGGCCGCUUUAGUGGGUUAAACUGCACAAGCGGAUACAGCGUUGUAACUGCAUUGACUCAACAACAGAAAAUAGAUGUCUUAGUCAUGUAAAAAUGACGCCCACCACCAAUCUCCGAGUCCUCGCCGUCUCCCUGCUCUCCCUCCUCACUGCCCCGCUCACCACCGUGGUGGAGACCUCCGCGUCCCCCCCUCCUCAGCCCACCGACCGCUCCGGGAGGCCCUUCACCCAGCAGCCCGCCGCCGACGCCAGCCCCUCGCUGCUGCUCCUCGCCAUCCAGGCCAACCUCAGGCCGGCUGCCCUCCAAGGCCGGACCAAAACCCCCGAGACGGACCCUCCGGAGGGGGUCCUGGAGACGCCUCCCAGGCCGCUGCCCCAGGUGAUGUUCCCCAAGAACGUCACCUCGUCCGAGGCCCUGGCCCCCCCGCUGGGUGCGGCCCAGGUGGCGCCGAUCCGGCCUCGCAUGAUGGACCUGUGGAUGGACGUGUGCCGGGGCUACUACGACGUCAUGGGACACUUCGACAGCGCCUUCAACUGCUCCAAAGACACCUUCGUCUUCUGCUGCGGGACCUGCCACUACCGGUUCUGCUGCCCCGAGCGGAGCCGGCAGCUGGACCAGGACAGCUGCAAGAACUACGACUCCCCGGACUGGGCCAAGCCGCAGACGGAGACCAUGAUCAUCCCCGAGGAGCUGGGCAACGACCCCGACUUCGACCCGCUGAAGCAGCAGAGCCACAACACCGGCUUCGUCAUCGGCGGCGUGGUGGUGUUCAUGGUGGCCGUGGCCGUGGGCAUCAAGGUGGUGUUCAACAAGGUGCAGCAGGAGGCCCAGCAGCGGGACCUGAACAUGCCCAGAGCCCUGGUGGACAUGCUGCGGCACCAGUCCAGCCCGGUGCAGCAGGACGAGAGGAACAACAGCGUGGCUCUGGCCGUGGCCGACGGUCAGGGCACGCUGGGGAGGCCUCCCAAGAACCUGUACGCCCCGGGACUGCCCAGCAAGGACAACAGAUUGGGCAAUUUGCAGCACAAUUUCAUCCACUCGUCAGGCUCCAGCCCCAAACACACGGCAACCAUCGAACGAACACCUCGGAUGAACAACGCUCAGCUGGCAGCUGGAGGCACGCUGCUCUCCAGCAAGCACAACAACACCAAGUCCCAGCCCUCCUUCCACCACUCCCUGCACAACCUGGCCCAGCUGCCGCCCUCCUACGAGAGCGCCACCAAGCCCGAGCUCAACCGGUACUCGUCCCUCAAACGCCUCGAGAAAGGUCUGGAUGAAUACUCGUCCGGUUACUGCACCACCAAGCGUCGGCCUCACACCGCCCAGCCAGCCCUCCAGUCCUCCCAGCACCACCUGCACUGGGGUGGAGACUACACCCUGAGCGGCAGAGGGACCCUCCCCCGGCACGCCGCCCGUCCUUGGAUCCCGCCUCCGCCCUCCGGCAUGCCGGCCUCGCCCACCCCCAACCCGUACCCCCUGGACCCCCCGGAGCCCCAGUUCAACCCCAACUAUGACACCCUGUCCAAGCCGCCGAGGAAGGUCAAGUCCACCGACCAGCUGCUCAACAUGGGCGAUGUCCCCGGGAACACCGGCACCCUGUCGCGGCUGUCCAAAAACCAGCAGCACCAGUACUACAAAGCCAUGGCAGCCUCCAACAAGAACUCCAACACGCAGACGCUCACCAGGAAGAGGGAUGACCGACGGGACGGGGACGAUCGACGGGACGACCGACGGGAGGACCGGAGGGAGGAUCGGCUGCUGAUGUCCCCGGACCACCUGGAGGACCGGAUGGGCGUCGGCGGCAUGGGCGUGGUGGAUCCAUACGCCCACACGGGAGGCAUCGUGCCCACGCUGCCUCGCCAGCAGAAGGCCCAGUCCCAGCAGAACGUCUGCGCCACGCCCUCCCUGGACCGCCACCACAUGAUCAAGAUGAACUCUCACCCGACGUCUGGGCGCGAGCAGGAGAGGAGCAACGCCCCCAUGACGGGCCACAUGAGCGGUGGGAUGGGCUGGGCGGGGGAGAUGCCCGGGGCGGGAGUCGUCAUGGGAACGGGAACACUGGGGGGCCACAGCGCCAGGAGGAUGGCUUUCGCAGCGAAAAGGCAGAACACCAUCGAGCAGCUACAUUUCAUACCGGGAGGCGGCGGCGGGGGGUCCGGAGGCAGCAGCGGAGGCAGCCAGGGCAUCAGGACGGGGAGUAAAAACGAGGUGACGGUGUGAGUUCGACCACUAGACCUACAGCUACACUAGAAGUAUCAAGUAUAAUAGUAACAGUAUCAUGUCUUUAUUCAGAUUAGUGUUAAUUGUAAUUAAAUAGCUUGAAUAUUAUACGACUAAAGCUCUCAGAGGGGAACCGCGGUUCCACCUAUGUGAUAGCCUACAGUACAUCAGCCAUAUUUUGUAACCGAAUUCGCCAUAUUGCCAUAAACAGCGGUGCCAUUACUCGCAGAGAGACUGACUGGGAGGGAAGCAGGAGUGUCGUUCAUAUUUAGUUUUUAUAUAUGUUUCUAAAAAAAGUACUCAGGAGCCAUAUUAGAUAGUGAACUGUGUGGAAUAUUAACACCACAGAGUUUCAGAGCCGCCGACCCGAAUUGACUGUCUGCUCGCUGAUUUAUAAACUGGACCUGAACUUUAUUCUGGACUCCGGAGGUCUGACGCUCGUCCAGACACACAACUUGGACUCUUGUUGCUUCUUGUGUAACCGAGCAGACAGAGUGUGGGCUGGUUCUGACUGUCGGCGCCUGAUUUAACCUGCGGACGUACCCACGUUACCGAUCCGAUGCCUGGGUUGCCUCGUUUUCCAUGUGACCUUAGAUGAAACCCCCAGAGGAGCUCGCUCUGAUCGCUGUUACACCACAGCAGUGUGUUUUAUCGCAUCACGGGUGAGUUCCCACCUGUAGAUCAGGACCUACCUGUACAAACAAUGGGCUACCAAAUAAUACAGAGCCAUCAAAAAGAAAAAAAAUCAGACAGAAUCGAGAGAUAAAAGUGUUCAGUUUACCAAUGAAGAGGCUUUAAAGUAGGUUGAGGGCAAAGGUUUUUCUACAGAGCACAAAUGAAUAGACGUGACGCAGAGGUUGCACUUACACAACUGUCCUUCAAAGCCAUUUAUGGAGAUACAAGUAAAAAGAAAAAACAACCACAGGGUAAGCUGGUCUGACAAUCACCGUUUUAUUAUUAUAUUCCUAAUAUUAUUCUCGCCAGGUGACAGAGUCAGUGAGAUUUUGUACAGGAUGGGACGGAGGGCGACCCGAGGGCGACCCGAGGCCUCCUCCUGCACGGCGCCGAGGGCCGUAAGAGACUCGGAUGGUUAGGAAGCCCUUCCCGUCCUCGACACAAAGACCUGCUGUAUCAUAACGCACUUCAGCCAGUAAAAAAAAAAAAAAAACAACAAAAAAAACAACAUAAAAAACCAGAAAAGAGGAAAAAAAAUCAUCAAUAACAACGCUUAUCAAUACUAAGGGCUAUCCUAUCCUAUAUACUGUAGUAUGUGGUAUCUGUGGUCCAUAUAAAUGCUAUCUCUUUCUAUUGAUUUUGUGUUGAUAUUGUCAUGAUGUAUUAAGUAUUAAUGUGUACAAAAAAAGAGCAAUUUAAGCACAGUACAAAGACGGAGACUAAACUUUGCACAAUUCUACCCCCUGAUAUUUGCACCAGACGCAAACGCGCUUUGCGUCCUCGAGGUUUACAUUCAGCUGAAGGAUUUAUUUAGUUUUUUAUCAGAGGUGAUUUCGCGGAUCGCAGACGGAAGCUGCUCAAGCAGACGAACACAGAUUCCAUUCGGACAAUCUUCCUAUACGCAGUGCUCAAUGUAGUUGUUCUGAAUAUGAUGGAGUGUUAUUAUUAGUAAUUAUUAUAACUGUUAUGGUUAUUAUUAACGAUUAUCUUAUGAUGUGAUGUUCUUUUACUUGGUGGGAUUUAAGUGUUUAUUGUUUUUAGAUAAUUCUCACGACUAGUUGGUUUUUUUCACACAUCUGGUCACGACGUUUCUAGAACAUUCCAGAUCUUGAUGCAUGCCAGCUCCAUUUCAUAGCGAGGCGUUUACAGUCUGCCUGGACUUAGCGGUCGUCGCCGACUCUCCAGCUGUACGUGCUGUGCCUAGACAUCGGCCUUACGACUUCUCGAUCUCAAGUGAUUACUUCGGUUUCCACUCUGGUACAAAAACAAUCUGCAGCCUUCUAAAUGUGAGUGUAGGUGAGGAAAUGGUCAGCGAGGGACGGUGGGUUCCACCCGAAGAACCCGCGAUGCCAUAACGUAUGUAUGCCGGGAUGAAUGUUUAUUACGCAGGUCGGAGACAAACUGACGGAAACCCGAAUGCUUUGAGUGUCUUUUUCAGGGAAAUAGGACAGAUGACAUACAGUAGUAUUAGAUUUUUUUAAAUAGAGCCACAAAAAGGUCUGUAGCAAAGUCUGUAAAAUCUCACAAGCCAUAUCCAUCAUCAUCACGAUUUUAUAAAUGGUUAAUCUAAUUUGUGCAAGUAUCGUAUUUUGUAUAGCUAGUACAAUCAGAAUAUUUUGAGUGACAUUAAUUUGAGGAUUCUAAGAGAAAAAAGAACAAAAAAACAACCUAUGUGUUAGUAUUUAAUGAAUUGUACAGUGCCGAGCUCAUAACAUUUUGUCGUCUCUUUUUAUCGUCACAAACCUCCUCGAUGGCUACAGCGGUUAUCUCAGAUGAACACGGCAGAGGAAGAGGCUCGUUCUCAGACAGAAAUGAAUGAAUAUGGUGCGCGUUUUUACCAUUAUGAAUUCAUUUAGAGUGCGGAGGGUUCACGGCCACCGAUGACAAAUUCAUGGAUUUAUUUUCAUGCCUACAAAUUUCAAAUCGACCCUUUUGUUAUUGUUCGAUGCAUUGAUCCCCUUGGAUACGACAGUGACUUACACAGAAUUUGUAUAAUAAAGUUGGUGGGAAAAAAAAAA